UAAAAACCCAGUUAUUGAGCAAUUCCGCGCAGAUAGAACUUCGGGCUGCUCAGCAAAGAUAACAGUAACGCGUCUCAUCUCUAAGGAAUAAUUCAAGAUGGCUACCAGUGAAUUGAACCAGUUUCUGGAAACUGUUGAUCAGAAGGUCCUGGAGUGUGCUAUUUGCAUGAAGAGACUUCAAAAUCCUAAAUCCCUCAACUGCUUACAUAGUUUCUGUUUGGCAUGUCUGGAAGACUGGGUUAAAGCGAAGGGUAAGUUGACAUGUCCAACCUGCUCAAGUUCAUAUGCCAUUCCCGAGGGCGGACUUAAGAAGCUUCCACCAAAUACAUUUGUGAAUAACUUAUUAGAAACUAUUGAACACAUUUCCAAAAGAGAUCAGAUGAAAUGCGUUUGUGCUAAAGGACAGGCAAAAUACUACUGCCAGGAAUGCAGACAUUACUUGUGCUCUACUUGUAGUGACCAUCACAAAAUACUUCCUCUGUUAGCAAAUCACAAGCUGCAUACAGUGGAGGACGUGCGAUUAAUGACUCCUCAAGACUUUGCUGCAUUACAUCCACCGCUGUGUUCGGUUCAUAACAAAAUUUUCGAGUUUUACUGCACGGAUUGUAAAACUCCAAUCUGUAUAAAUUGUACAGUUAUGGAUCACAAGGAGCAGGAAGGAAAGCACAAACCAAUCAAUAUUUCAGAAGCAUUCCUAUCAUUUAAAGAAACGUCUAAAAAAUUGGAAGAAGCUGCUUAUAAAUGUGAAAACCAAUUGCAAGAUGGGUUAAAAGCUGUCAUUGAAUAUGCUACCAAGUUAGAGCAUAGUAAAGAUACAAGUUUGAGAGAUAUUGACAACCAUGUGCAAGUAAUGGUCAAGAAAAUAAAAGAGAAUGGAGACAAAAUGAAAAAUGAGGUAGAGACAAUCUACAAAGAGAAAAAGAAGGCAGUUGAUGUACAAAUUAGUGAAUUGAAGACAACAAUAUCUGAUUUAAAUAAAAAAAUUAGUUUGCUUAAUCAGUUAUUGAAGAGUGAUGAAGCAACAGCCCUGCAAUCAAGUGAAAUAGCAAUUACAGCACUGAAUGACAGAAUAAAAAAACUGCCAAAAACAAAGCCAAGUGAUAACACACAAAUUAAAUUUCAAAUAAAUGAGCCUCAAAUUGCUUCAUUACAACAAUGCAAUAAUAUUAUUGGAAAUGUUACACUAUUUGUGAGGGCAGCAGACUGUUUACAGUUACAAGGAAUGGAAUCUGUAACCCAAGGUCAAACAAUUGUUGUCAAAAUAAUAAAAACAGAUGAAUGUGAAAUACAGGCAAAUCAACUACAGGCAACAUGGACACAGCCUACAGGAGAAACCUCCAACACUCAAGUUGAUGAAGAUGACAAUGGAGAUUAUUUUGUGACAGGUAAAUGUACAAGUCCAGGUAUUUGCAAACUAGAUCUGACUGCUGAUUGCGAACCAAUUAAGCAGUCACCGGUGACAAUCAAUGUAGAGAAGGAAGGAAUAGUAAAUACCAUUAAAAUAAACACAUAUGUUAUUAAAGAUAUAGUUAAGUGUGAAGAUGAUUGCUUACUGGUUUCAUGUGAAACAAAUAAAAUGCUGAAGUACAAGCAAUCAGGAGAAUGUAUUGGUAAUGUUACACUACCAGUAGGUGUGGAAGUUUUCAAUAUGUACAAAAUGAAAAAUGGUAACAUAGCAUUCAAUAACUGGGGAAACAAAUGCAUCACAAUAUGUAAUAUGAAUAGCCAAGUGAUAAAAUUAAUUAAUAAGGUGGAAUUGAAUAAAUCAUUUGGUAUUCAUGUGGAUGAGGCAUCAAAUAUUGUGUAUGUAGGACUUGGGUCAAAGGUGUUGCUAUUCAACAUUGACAGCGGACAGAAGAUCAGGAGCAUAGGGACUAAUGACGAUCAAGAAGGCGAAAUCAGUGGAGUUAGUGAUUUUUUUCUUACUAAUCAAAGAAAUAUUAUUAUAUUGGAUUUUCACAACAACAGAGUACAACUAUUUGAUAAUGAGGGACGGUUCAUGAAAGUCCUUGUCAAAGCAGGUGAUGAAAAUGGGAAGGUGAUGGAACCACGUGGAGUAGUAGUUGAUCAGGAUGACAACAUUAUCAUAUCAAGUCAACACAAAAUACAGCUGUUCAGUAGUGAUGGAAAUUUCAUUAAAAGAAUUGAUAAACAAGAAGAUGGAAUUGAAUCUCCACUUGGAUUAUCAAUCAUUUCAUAUUAUCCACGAAGAGUUGCAGUUGCAAACCAUGGUGACAAAACAAUAAAAAUAUUUAAUUAUUAAAAUAUAAUG